AUGUCCCAAAUUUCAGAGUCAAUACAAUCUCGACAAACCUCUUUUUUACCUUCCGCUGAGCGGUUCGGUCCUACUGUUAACCAAACUUUUGCCCACCAUGUAGAGACUCUUCGUAAACUUGAAGAACCAAUAUCGAAUAUUUAUCUUUCUUUAUCAACUGAACUCCCUGUAUCAAGUCGCAUAGAAACUUUUAAUGCUUCUGCAAAUCAAAUUAACCUUUGGCUUGAAUCUGCUAAUAUCGCUAUUUUCGCAUUAGAACUUGAUGUUAAAGAAGGUUUGCAGGUAAAAAGUGUAGGUGAAAUGGAUGUAUUAAUUCAUAAAUUUGCUCCAAACAUUGAAUUGUUACAAGAACUUUUGCAAGCAAUUCUUAUUAAACUAACAAACUCCGACGACGAUGAGAAAAAUAGAAAAGAGAUCCAAAAUUCUUAUGAUAGAAUAAAUUCUGACUGGCUGGAUGUAAAAUCUUUUUUUGGAAAGGUAAAAAAAGAAAUGUCUGAAUCAAAACAAAGACGCGAACUUUUGGAUACAAUGAAUCAAAUUAUAAAUUCUAUAGACGAAUUAAAUACUUCCAUUUUUGAAUAUCAAGAACAAAGAUUAAGUGAAAGUAAUUAUGAUUCUUAUUCCUCCAGUCCAUCUACACGAGGUAGACAAGGUAUAUUAAGUAAUGGUACCAAUAACGAACAUAAUUCAAAUAAUUCUAGUUCUCGAGCUGAUAACCUUAUAAGGCAAUUGGACUCUCGUUUAGAACCUUUAGAUGCUCGUUUGGUUUAUUUGAGGUCUCGUUUAUCCGCAACUAAUGCUCCUUCUGAUCCGAAAGGUGAAUUGAAAAGAAAGAAUAAAGUUAUGACAGAAAAAUGGGAUGAAUUAAAACAUGAGAUGGAAAUAUUAAGAAAAGAAGUUAAAGAAGAUAAAUGGUUAAAUGGUUUUAAACAAAUAUUCAGUGAAGUCAAUCAAAUGAUGGAUAAACUUGAGAAAGUGGUUAAACAAUGUAAAGAUUAUAUUAAAAUACAAAAAGAAAAUAGAGGAAUGUCAAGAUAUAAUCAAAGAGCUUUUUCUAGAGACCUUAAUCCCAAAAAUUUAUCAUCAAAACCUUAUAAAAUUUUUGAAAAUAAACGAAAAUAUUAUAUUCCUGCAAUAGAUAAAAUGCUCACUAAUCUUGCAAAUGAUAUUAAUAAACAAAAUUUAGAAGAUUAUGAGGUUAUUAAAAAAUACAAAUAUAUGAAGGAACGUUGGACAAUAUUACUUGAAAGCAUUACAGAUAUUGAUCAUGAUGUUUCAGAAUUAGAAGGAUUUUAUGAUCACUCACCUCAUUCUCCUCACUCCUCACAUAUGACAAAUUAUUCACCUCCAUCGUCAAUAGCUUCAUCCAUAGCUUCAUCACCUCCAUUGUCUCCAAAUUUGAGACCAACAACGAGAGAUAUGUAUUCUCUAGAAUCAGGAUCUCCUCCUCCAAAAGUACAUAGAUCAUCAUCCCGAUCAUCUCCAUAUAGAAUAAUGUCUCCAGAAUAUCAUGAACCAUCAUUAUCACCACCAAGAAAUAAUGCUAGAUCACCAUCUGUAAGGUCAAAAUCGCCAUCACCAAGAGCGAUAAGUCCACCACGUAAUUAUUUAACUCCCAAUAAUCGUCACGCAGAAAGUCCACCACAUCAUUACGAACGACAACAUUGGAAUUCACAUUCACAAUAUAAUAAUGGUUCCUCAUAUAAUACUUCACAUUCUUCACAUUAUAAUCAACCAUAUAAUAAUAAUAAUCAAUCAUAUAAUCAACCAUAUGAUAAUUAUAAUCAUCAUUCAUACAAUCGUGAACAUGGAGCAUCUCCACAACCAAGAAAAGGAAGACCUUCUAGUAGACCUGAUUCACCUACAAGAUCAUUAGAUUUAACAAUGACUCCAUCAUCUGCUUCCUCUAUACCACGACCUGUUACAAGUAUGGGAAUUGUAAAUAGAACAUCAUCACGGGCUGGUAUGAGAUCACUUCUACCAAAACCUAGUACACCACAACCAUCAAUGUAUCGUAAUGGGAUGGGAUCUCCAACGCCACCACCAAUACGGCGACCAUUAGUAAGAUCCCCUACACCAUCUUCUCAAACAAGUGGUCCUUCUAGACCUAUCACACCGGAACAUGAUGAUUCGUUAUCACAAGCUCUUGCAAGUUUUGGACUCACUAAGACUGAAGAUAAUAAAAAUAAAAUUAAAUAUAUUCCCUUGCGAAAUGAUCCAAUUGAUGUUGAAGUUGCAAAUGUGGUUAAUCGUUCUUCAACUACUAUAAGAAUUGAACGAGUUCCUGGAAAUACUGGUAGAUAUUAUAUUGGAAACGCAGAUCUAGGACGUGACAGAAAAGUUUAUAAUAUCAAAUUAGCUCCAGGAAAAAAAAAACCUAUGAUUCGAGUGGGAAGUGGUUGGACGCAGUUAGAUUGGUACUUGUUUGACCAAAAUGCAAUGUCUCUCAUAAGUUAA